AUGAAGUGGGCCAUCGCACAAACGCUUGCCUUCGCCGCUGGUAUCCAUGCCCAUGGCUACCUUUCUCAACCGAUGAGCCGGACAGGCCUCAAUGCUCAGGCUGGAGCAGAUACGUGCCCCGAAUGCACCAUCCUAGAGCCCGUCACGGCGUGGCCUGACCUCGAUGCUGCACAGGUCGGUCGCAGCGGACCCUGCGGCUACAACGCGCGCGUAUCGGUGGACUACAACCAGCCCGGCCCUCGCUGGGGCUCCGCACCAGUCAUCAACUACAAAGGUGGCGACGUGGUCGACGUACAAUGGUGUGUCGACAACAACGGCGACCAUGGCGGCAUGUUCAGCUACCGCAUCUGCCAGGACCAGGCUCUCGUCGACAAAUUUCUGACGCCUGGGUACCUACCGACUGAUGCCGAAAAGCAGGCCGCCGAGAAUUGCUUUCAAGCUGGGACGCUGCCAUGCACGGACGUGAGCGGCCAGACUUGCGGAUAUAGUCCGGAUUGUACGCAGGGACAGGGCUGUUGGAGGAAUGACUGGUUUACGUGUAAGGGAUUCCAAGAUACGAAGUGCAGGGGUGUCGACAAUGCACCGCUGAACUCCUGCUACACGAGCAUCGCCGGUGGCUACACUGUUUCUUCCAGGAUCAAGAUCCCGAACUAUGUAUCGAACCAUACGCUAUUGUCGUUUAAGUGGAACUCGUUCCAGACACCGCAAGUGUACCUGACAUGCGCUGAUAUUAAAAUCACCGGAUCAUCUGGCUCGAACCCUCCAACCACCAGCAGCAAGGUCUCGUCUGUGGCACCGACUCCCACCAAGGCCAGCUCGACCGCUACAGCCACUGGAUGCGCCACACCGGUAGCAACCGUUGCUGUGACCUUCAACAGCAAGACAACCACAGUUGUGGGCCAGACAGUAAAGAUUGCUGGAUCUAUCGCGCAGUUGGGCAGCUGGAACACGGCAAAUGCGCCAUCACUCUCCGCUUCCAAGUACACGUCGGCCAACCCUCUUUGGACUACCACCAUCAACCUACCUGCUGGUACCAGCUUUGAAUACAAGUUCAUCAAGGUGGAGAGUAAUGGCGCGGUGACUUACGAGUCGGGUACGAACAGAGCUUACACCGUCCCGAACAGUUGCGCAAGUACAGCAACAGUAGAUGCGACGUGGAAGUAA